AAAUUACGUAACAAGACGUGCGUGGCGUGGGGCCGCUGUUUCCGCAAACAGAAUCGUGUGUGGCUGUGCUGUGUUAGUGUAUGAAGUUUUGCCAUCAAUUCAAGUAAUCAAAAAUGGAAAAGUCUGCAAAUGCAGAGGAAUAUGAAAAGAUGUCUCUUGAACAGGCAAAAUCCUCAGUAAAUUCUGAAACAGAGUCUUCAUUUAGUAUUAAUGAAAGUACAACAGCUUCUGGGACUGGGCUUUCUGAAAAGACUCCUAUCUGUGAGCAAGCAGACACGCCAAAAAAGAGGAAAGAGUUUGAAGAUAAUCUUGCAAAGGAAAGUUCCAGUUAUGGGGAAGACACUCCAUCCAAGAAAAGAAAACUUGAUGCUAAAAUUGUCCCAGAGGAAAAAGGUUCUGGUGAUGAUGAAGACAUGUCAAAGAAAAGAAAAAGAGAAACUGAUGAUGUUCCAAAAGAUGAACCUUCUGCUGGAGAUGGCACUCAAAAAAAGAGAAAAAUAGAACUUGAGGAUGUUCCUGAAAAGCAGAAAAACCUGGAAGAAGGACAUGGCUCAGCAGUAGCUGCCCACUACAAUGAACUUCAGGAAGUUGGUUUGGAGAAGCGUAGUCAAAGUCGUAUUUUUUACCUAAGAAACUUUAAUAACUGGAUGAAAAGUGUUCUCAUUGGGGAAUUUUUAGAGAAGGUACGACAGAAAAAAAACCGAGAUAUCACUGUUUUGGACCUGGGAUGUGGUAAAGGUGGAGAUUUGCUCAAGUGGAAAAAGGGAAGAAUUAGCAAGCUCGUUUGUACUGAUAUUGCUGACGUUUCUAUCAAACAGUGUCAGCAGCGGUAUGAAGACAUGAAAAAUCGUCGUGAUAAUGAAUAUAUUUUCAGUGCAGAAUUUAUAACUGCUGACUGCUCAAAGGAACUUUUGAUGGACAGAUUUCAUGACCCAGGAAUGUGCUUUGACAUCUGCAGUUGUCAGUUUGUCUGUCAUUACUCAUUUGAGUCCUAUGAGCAGGCUGAUAUGAUGCUCAGAAAUGCCUGUGAGAGACUUAGCCCUGGGGGCUAUUUUAUUGGUACUACCCCCAAUAGCUUUGAACUGAUAAGACGCCUUGAAGCUUCAGAAACAGAAUCAUUUGGAAAUGAAAUAUAUACUGUGAAAUUUCAGAAGAAAGGAGAUUAUCCUUUAUUUGGCUGCAAAUAUGACUUCAACUUGGAAGGUGUUGUGGAUGUCCCUGAAUUCUUGGUGUAUUUUCCAUUGCUAAAUGAAAUGGUGAAGAAGUACAAUAUGAAGCUAGUCUACAAAAAAACAUUUCUGGAAUUCUAUGAAGAAAAGAUUAAGAACAAUGAAAAUAAAAUGCUGUUAAAACGAAUGCAAGGCCUGGAGCCAUAUCCUGCAAAUGAGAAUUCUAAACUUGCCUCUGAGAAGGUGGAUGACUAUGAACAUGCAGCAAAGUACAUGAAGAAAAGUCAAGUAAGGUUACCUUUGGGAACCUUAAGUAAAUCAGAAUGGGAAGCCACAAGUAUUUACUUGGUUUUUGCCUUUGAGAAGCAGCAGUGAGCAUGUAGGCAGUAGUUGCAGAGGCCCUGUGCUCUGUCCUGCACAGAGUCGAACAGUCCAUCUCAGACGCAUUUGACAGCUCUGUUUAUUUUAAUUCUAAAUGUGCAGGAUGCUGCCAGCAACUCCAGUGUGUAAAUUCAACAUUUGCUGUCUGUGACAGAUGAACUUUUGUGUGUGUAUAUAAGAAUGAGUUGGGAUCUUUGUCUUUAAAACCUAUUUUUAAGUAAUGCUCUAAGAAUUCCAUUUGUCUCUACUCUUAGCUCGUAAAAAUUAUAAUAUGACUUGUAAAAGCAACUGAACUCCUUUCCACAGUGUUCUGAUUUGUUCAGUGUGUGUUCAUACUAUCAAAUUUAUUGCAGUUGUAGGAUUGGUCAGAGCAUUUCCAUCAUGUGCUCAUUUCUGUAGUUUUUUGUUAUAUAGUGUUUUUUAAGAUGAAAUGUGUGCAUUCUGUACAAUUGAAUGUAAGUGUAUAUGUAUUACUAAAGUUAUAAGUUUAAAACUCAAUUUAGAUGGUAAUAAAGGUUACUUAACUAGAAUUUUAGCGAUUUAUUGCAUUUCAAAAUAAAUAACUACCUUAUUUGCUAAUAUGCUGCAAUCUGGAGCUCAUUAGAACAUGCUAUAUGGCACCAUAGAAUUAUUUUGGAAUUUUGGGACUGACUUUAAGAAUUUCCUACCAUAACAAUUUUCCCAGUUAUCAAGAUUGAAAUUAGACACAGUUACCUUUCUUCAUUGAAGAAUGAUACCGUGGUUAUUUUUCUCAAGAUGUAGUGAAAAUCCCUCCCAUGUAAACCUGUUGCAUGUUUUUUUCAAAUUUAUACAUGGUUAGAACUACAGUAGGAGUUUAGGGCUCUAAAGAAAGCAAAUAGAUUUCAGAUUAAUUCUCACUGACUAAUGCUAUGUACCCACUUCAGCCCCAAAAUAAGCAAUACCUUUCCCUCUGUUACAACAUCAGUACUUUGCAUAGUAGGUGCCUUGUCUAAUCACUAUUCAGAAUUUUUAUUUGCCAUUUCAGAACUGUUAUAAUUGUCAUUAAAACUAUCAAUUAUGUAAUACUCUUCCAAAACUUAUGCCUAUGUGAACUGUUGUGUUUACUAAACUUGCCAGUUUUUAGAUGCUGUAAAAAACUUAAAGAGCAAGGCAGAGCAAUUGCAUAUUCUUUUAAAGAUCAUGUAUUUAAAGCAUGGUUUACAAUAACAUUAAUUUCUAUAGUUAUUCAUAGUACUUGUUUUAAAAACAUAGCCUCUUAAUUAGUUUAUGUCUGUUGAUUGUUCAUGGUGUUAGAGUAUCAGGCUUUUUAGCAAGAAAACAUGGGUUUCCUCAUUUCUGUUCCUUUUGCAAUCUAUCAAUCUCCAAACUGUUACCAAUUUAUAAAAAUUAAGUCUUUUUUUGCCUUAGUAAUGGUUUAUCUUAAGUCAUUUGGGAAAUAAAUAAUAGUACGUCUGACUCUGGUGGUUGCCAUUAGCUAGGAAAGGCUGGGUAAUGGUGCUGGGGAGGUGGGGAAGGGGAGCUCUUUUACAUAUUUGGGUUCAUUUUAGUUCUAGGGAAGGGCCAGAAAUAUUUUAAUAGUUUGGCAGGUACAGAAAACUUCAUCAUUAUUUCCUAUUGUUGUUCUCAUUUAAUGGUCUUAGUUAACAGGUAAUAAUAAUACUUGUAUUUGUAGCCUCUUUCAGCCCUUUUCACUCCAUGAGCAAUUUUGGGAAGAGAAGAAUCUCCCAAAGGAUGGAGUAACUGGUGGCAAUACAGAGCAGAGAGCACAGAAAGGUGGAGUUCCUAGGGCCUUCAGUGCGCAGAAGGGAACAGAGAGAGCUAGUCUGGAUCUGCACGGGGCUCUGGGAACUGAGCCAGCUGUAGAUGUGGGAGAGGCCCAUGGGGAGCCUACAGGGCACUGAGCUCAGGCAGCCGCCCUUUUCCUUGAGCUUUAUUUGCCUGUUGCCUCAUCUGUUCUUCCUUGCUGUGAUUAUCUGGACAGUGACUCAGGAAGAGUCAGGAAAAGGACUGGAAAAUGUGCCCCCUGCCGACUCUCUCCCAUCACCAAGGUAAAGGCUGGUAGUUCUCUCCCCCUACACACUCCACGCUCUGACUGUUUGGUUUCCCAUUUAAGAUUGUGGUAACUGUCAUGCAAAGGGCAUGGCUUUCCACCAGGAGGCCAGGAAGAGCGCCUGUUAUACUAAGCUCAGUGAAGUAGGUGGUUCCUGGGAGUGGCCACAGGGCACUUCCAGUGCUGCCAUGCAGAUUUGUCAUCUAAGAAUGAAUUAGAAAUGAAGAUCAAAAUCAGCCAUUUGUUGGAAUGACAGAACUAGAGAUUGGGGUGAUUGGCCUGGGAACAUGGCUGGAUUGUGGUAUAACCAGGAGUGCUAACAUUGAAUUCUUUGGGGCUAGAAUAUACUCAAGGAAUGUCACUAGUGACGACAGUGUUCAGGAAGAGAAGCUGACUGUUUGCUGCUGUAUGUGAGGGGCUAACCUGCAGAGAGUGCCGCAAGCCUGCCAGAGAGUAACGUGGGCACCGUGCUGUCAGGCAGGGCCCUCCUGCGCCUCCAGUGCCCACUAAGCACUCUGAGCAUAGUGUGACUCCCCAAAGAAGUUUCCCUGCAGUGAGAAAAGUUACUGAGUAGAGAUCCUCGCUUACGUUAAUGCAUCUACGGAAAGACUGAAAGGUACAGUGGGUUUCCUAGCCUGCUUCCCCGACCCACACUUGGGAGUUGAGGAAAUAGGAUUGCUGUCUGACUUCGCAUGUUAAUACAGGAUCAGAGCAGAGGCAUACAAAGUGGGAUGGCCUUUGAGGCAGGGUGUGUUGUUGGUCAACAGUAGAAAAGCAGAAAAAACAUUGUUAGCCAUGAAAUGUCCAGGUUUCCAGACCAAUUAGCUCUUUAGGAAUUUAUUCUUCAGCCUGACAUAGCUUAUUGCCAUUAAGUUACUUUGAUAUAUAUUCAAAUAUACUGAUGAAGAUUUGGCUUCUUAUAUAGGUCUGCCUAGAGGGUGAAAAUACCAGUGUGAAUAUUCCAGCUACUGAACAUUAUUUUCUCAGGCUUUGUAUGUUUGGGUUGUCUUGAGCCAGUCACUGCAAAGGUCUCUAGGUUUGUAGAGGCCAGAUCCAGGGACCGAGGCCCAGUAAUAGAAGUACCAAAGUACUUGUGGUAUUUAGUGGCCUGUGCGUCAAAUAGAAGGUAUAGGUACAUAAUGUUACAGCCUCCCUAGUUGCUGCUAUAUCAAGUACCGCACACCUGAUAUGAAGUUUUUUAAUUUUGUGCCCUCUGACAGAAUAACAUUCCUGAUUCUUUGAAGGCAACCGAUGCAAUGACUGCUAUACUUAUUUUAUUAUAUACUUAAUAUUUAUUAAGCUCCUACCUUAUAUUAAUCACUUUUCUAAAUAUUUUACAUGGGGUUAACUCAUUUUGAUCCUUAUAACAACUCUGUGAGGUAAGCACCAUUAUCCCCAUUUUAAUGAUGAGGAAACCGAGGCAUAGAGAGGCUAUAGACGUGCUCAGGACAGGGCCAGGAUUUUAACACCCCACCCCAAGCUGGGCCUGCCCUCCAAUGGCAUGUUCAAUCUCUCCAAGGGUGUCAGGCCCAGAUGGCUCCUUGCCUAUCCACUACCUGCAACCUGAGAUGUUAACUAUUAGAGCUCCACCAUUUUGAUUGAAAACUUCGUUACUCUUACUUAAAUGUUUGCUGAGAGGAGCGUUUAUUCCUGAAGAGAGGUUUUGUUGCGAGAGGGUAGAGAAAGCAGGAGAGACUUGGUUUUCAUAGUUUGGUAGACCUGCUCCUUUAGCAGCCAGACCUGUAGCAAAUCUCGUCUGCAAGGGGGAGUGGUUCUCUUCCUCCUCUCACCAUUUGGAAGUGGCAGUUAGGAGUGAGAGUGUGGGCAAGGGGAGAGGCCAAGAAACAUUUCAUCAGUCUGAGUAUCCAGAGGCAAAUUGUUUUAACAUUUAAGUGUAACAUCUCUACAAACAGUGUCAGUUAUUUUUCCCAACUGGGACACCUGCAUACAAUCAGCACCUCAGAAGCUGGUAUCAGGUUCCCUUUCACUUACUACCUCUCCAAGGGUAACCACUAUCCUGAGUUCUAAGAGCAUAGAUAGAGUAGUUCUGUCUGGGUUUGGAUGUUAUGUGAAUGGAAUUAAACACUAUGCGUUCUUUGUACCUGGCUUCUUUUCCUCACUAUUAUGUUUGUGAGACUUUGUUGCAUGUAUUUGUACAUGUUUUUUCAUUCCCAUGGUUAUAUAGUAUUUCAUCAUGUGAAUAAACCACAUACUAUUUAUCCAA